AUGGCUGAGACUUUUGAAAUAAGGUCCAAAUCUUUCACCAUUAAAUGGGUUGAUGUUCCCAUUAACUCAAAAGUCGAAUGGAAAAUCAAGCCGUUGAAAAAUUCCCUUACAUUAGGUAUUUAUGAAUAUAAAAAUGACACAAUUGAACAUUCAAAACUAAAUGGUUCCUCAAAUUCUUUGAAAUCAUCAAACGAAACCCAUAAACCAGGCUUAUCGUCAGAAUCGUUGUCAGUUCUGGUUGAAAAUCUGGAUAUCAACGAAGUUCACCAGAUUCCACACAGAUUUUUCACUCAGCUUCCAAAGAGUUCUUCCUCUUUUCAAUCUACUACUUCAUUACCUAGUGGGAAUAACCAUAAUCAUCAACACCACAGAAAAGACGAAUUUUCUAAAGAUGUUGAUUCAUUGCGUACUUCAAUCAAUUCAUCUAAUGGAACCCUUGAAGAAAGGUUGGAUAGAUUCCUAAUUAAAAAAACAUGGCUGGGCAGAUGUCCCGGUGAUAUCAUUAAAUCCGGUAAAAUCAAUUCACAUAACGGUGGGCUAUAUGCCUUUGUAUUUGAUAACACUUUUUCGAAAACCAAAGCUAAAACGGUACUGUUAAAAUAUGAGAUCAAGCCUCUAAGCACUUCCGUCCCUCCACCAAGACAGAGACUUAUGAAUAGUUCUAUUUCCAAGGCUAAAUUUGAGGGAAUAGAGCAGAAUAAAGGACACCAAAAUUAUCACAACUCAACUAGAAUUCUCAAUGUUAAUGGGAUCCAAUAUCUUGAAGGUUUUUUGAUGAAGAAUAAAAGGAAAAAAAAUAAAAGGCAAUUUAACAGGAGGUUUUUUUCUUUGAAUAUAACAUACUCAAUUCUAAAUUACUACCUGGGUGACAGCUCCAACAGAAUUAGGGGCAAUAUGUUAAUUACCCAGACUGUUAUAUCAGCUGAUUCUUCGGAGCUUAUGUUCUAUUUGGAUUCGGGUAUGGAACAAUGGAUUUUGAAAGCUCUAAAUAAAAAUGAUUUCAACACCUGGAUCAAUGCGUUUAACUUUAUCAAAACGCAGAAUAAAAAAUUGAAAGACUCAAAAUCAAGCAUCGAUCAAAGACUUGCCAUUGGUGGUACGUCAGAGAAUAUGUCGGACGACGAUAGCAACUCAUUUGAAAAUGGCAAUUCUUCUUCAUUUUAUGAUAGCAAAACUCCUCGUUGCCACCGUCACUCAGACAGAACAAAUUCACAAUUUCAAGUUAUUGAAUCACAGAUUUCAGAAUUGAAGGAGUGUGUUUCUGCAUUGCUCGAUGUACAAAAGAGUCAUGAUCAACAUUUUGGCGGUAGAGUAUCAACACCUUCAACACCUGAAUUAUCAAAUUCUUCAAAAUUCCCAACAACGCAGCAGGGAUCCUUAUCAAUUUCAACAUCCUCGACUUCGAAUAAACCAGAUAACAAGGUAUCUACUCUUGAGGCACCGCAGAUUCCAAAUAAUACGCCAUCUAGGAAACCAUCAUUUUUGCAGAGACUAAAGAAAAAGAGUUCUCAAUCAUACCUCCAACAAAAUGAUAAUAGUUUGAAUAUUUCCUCACCGAUAACAACCCCGGAUACGCAAACAUUUGACCUUGAACAACCACGCAGUCUGACAUUGACUAAAUCUGGCUCGUCGGCUUCAUCUAGUGGACUUGUUGCCACUGACGGCAAAUUAAAGUUAGACACUAUUAUGGAAAAAAUUUUGGAAUUAGAGUCGAACUAUUCGGAUUUAUUAAAACAGGAAAUUGGCAGAUCCAGCUCAAGGUCGCUAGCUCGAUCAGACACUCAGGCAAGAUCAUUGCUAUCGCAAGAGUUUUAUGAUGCCGAAGAAUAUGUGAAUGAGACAUCCAACGGUGUUGUGAUGCUUGAUUCAAGUGCUGAAAAUCGAGAAUUUGAGAAAAGGCAGUCGAUUAUAAGUUCUGACUUAUUUCAAAAAGAUAUGGAGAAACUUGCACUGGAUGUAAUUGACUCGUCUACUUCAUCUUCAUCGGAGGAUGAGGAGGAAAAUGAAGAAAGCACAUCUUUGAAACUGAGUCGGACCGAUUCUCACGAGGAAAAAGAACAUGAUUUGUGUCCAUUGCCAUAUGAUGGACCUUUUAAUCCAAGAAAUGAUGUCCCUCCUGCCGCAUGCGAACCUCCAUCUCUUAUCUCUAUUUUAAGAAAAGGUAUCGGUAAGGAUAUGGCUGGUAUAAGCAUGCCAAUUGAGACCAAUGAACCGCUGUCGUUUUUACAGAAAUAUACCGAAUGUUUUGAAUACUCAACUUUAAUAGAUAAUGCACUACGGGCGCCGAUGGAAACCGGUGAGAGGAUCUUGACGAUUUCUGCAUUUGCCGUGAGUUAUUUAUCUUCCUAUAAAGACAAGGUUCGAUCAAUAAGGAAGCCCUUCAAUCCCUUAUUAGGUGAAACUUUUGAGUUGAUUCGACCAGACAUGGGCAUUCGGGUCGUGACAGAGAAGGUUAUACACAAACCGUUUGUUAUGGCGGCACAUGUUGAUUCCCAAAAUUGGUACAUUGAUCAUUCUAUACGUCCACAACAAAAGUUUUAUGGUAAGACUGCAGAGAUUCAAGUUGAUGGUACAUUACAGCUAAAGUUGAGGAAUUCUGAUGAAGCAUACGAAUGGAGUCAACCAAAUACAGUUUUAAGAAACGUAGUUUCUCUAACGGGCGAAAAGUAUACUGAACCUGUGGAUACGAUGACUGUGAAGUCUAAUAAAGGCUACAAAUGUGUCAUAACAUUUAUUUCACAAAAUGGUAGGUUCACCAGCUCUAGGUCUGAGAGGUUGGAAAUGAAGGUCUAUAGUGGUAACUCGAGCAAACCACUAAGUUUGACUGCUGAUGGAACAUGGACUGAAGAAAUCAAGCUAAAUACAGGAAAGUCAAUUUGGAAAAUAUCACCAGAAUUACCAAAUCAUGAAAAAAAAUAUGGGUUUACAAGAUUUUCAUGCUCAUUGAAUCAUUUUGAUGAAGUACACAAAAGCUGUGCGCCAACUGAUUCUAGAAGGAGACCUGAUCAGAAAAUGUACGAACAAGGUAACGUCGGUGAAGCGGAAAAACUUAAACAAAAGUUGGAGGAGGAUCAAAGAACAAGACGUAAAGAUGCUAGUGGUAAUGAUGUUGUCCAUCAACCCGCAUUUUUUGAGAAGGGCAUCAAUGACCUUGAUUGGAAGUUGAAAAAGGGACAUGAAUCUUAUUGGAAUCGUAGGAAAUCCAAUAAUUGGGAUGGACUUGUCAAGCUGUGGUGA